CUGUCAAAAUGUAUUCGAACAAUAUUGCAAACAGUGAAGCGAAGACGGCGCGUGUUGUGGACUUUCGGUCAGAUACCGUAAGUUUUCCGACUUCCAGCAUGCGUAAAGCAAUCUAUGAGGCUGCCGUCGGAGACGAUGUGUACGGUGAAGAUCCCACCGUCAACGAGCUUGAACGUCGUUCGGCCGAAUUGUUCUGUAAGGAGGCUGCUCUGUUCGUUCCGACAGGCACAAUGGCAAAUCUUUUAGCAAUUAUGGUUCACUGCAGUAAACGAGGAGCGGAAGCCAUCGUUGGCGAUCUUGCGCACGCAUUUCUCUACGAGCAGGGCGGUGCGGCUCAGAUAGCCGGGGUUCAAUUGAAUAUCAUAAAAAACUUACCCGAUGGAACGUUCAAUUUAGAUGAGUUACGUAAUAAAUUCCGAGGGUAUGACAUUCACGAACCCAAAACGACGUUAGUUAUGGUUGAGAAUACUCAUAAUAUUUGUGGUGGUAAGGUUAUUCCAUUGGAAUGGAUAGAAAAUUUGUCAAAGAUUUGCAAGCAAAACUCAACCAAACUGCAUAUGGAUGGAGCACGGAUAUUUAACGCUGCCGAAUAUUUAAAUGUUCCAGUUUCACGCAUCGUGCGUGAUGUAGAUUCUGUAUGUUACUGCCUUAGUAAAGGCUUAGCCUGUCCUGUGGGAUCGGUGCUAAUCGGUUCCAAGGAUUUUAUUCAAGAAGCUCAUCGUUUACGUAAAGCCCUUGGAGGCGGGAUGCGACAGGUUGGUUUUCUCGCGGCUGCCGGUCUUUGUGCACUUGACGAGAUUGUUCCUAUAUUACGAGAUGACCAUGAACGUACAAGGAAAAUAGCACAAGCCAUUCAUGCAAUGAAUAGUUCAGUAAUUGCAGUUGAUUUGGACAAUGUUCAAACAAAUAUUCUCCUUCUAGAGAUAUUAAAGAAGGAAAUAAAGGCUUAUAACCUAUCAGACAGGUUUGCUGAAGUGCAACCCAAGGAAGUUGACGACGGAAUAGUUGAUUCACAAGGGAAAGGAAUCAGCGUUAAGAUUAGUGCACGUGAUUGGGCAUUUGCCCGCAUUGUAGUGUAUACUAAUAUAACAGACGAAGAAGUAGAUUUGGCUAUUAUGAAAAUCAAGUACGUUAUUCAAGAAUAUGAACAGCGCUUGAAGUAGGAAAUGAUUCAGAAAAAAACAUUGCAGCAUCUUUCUGACUUUGUCGCAGAUUUUCGCUUUUGUGCUAACGGAAAUCUAAUUUUGUGCAUUUGUGAGUUUUCCCGUAAUUUGGAUAGUUGCUCAGGAAGGCGUACAAUGUAUAAGGCAAUAAUUAUUAGUAAAGCGGAG